AUGUCUAACGCAAGGCACUGGGAACAAGACAAAGAGGCAACCGUGUACAUCGGAAACCUUGAUGAACGGGUCUCGGACAGCCUAGUAUGGGAAUUGAUGCUGCAGGCUGGGCGCAUCGUCAAUGUCCAUCUGCCUAAAGACCGGGUCACGCAGUUACACCAGGGGUAUGGAUUUGUCGAGUUCAUCAGCGAGGAAGAUGCCGAAUAUGCAUCAAAGAUCAUGAAUGGAAUCCGGCUCCAUGGCAAGCCUAUUCGUGUUAACAAGGCAUCAGCUGAUAAACAAAAGGCCGUGGAAAUUGGUGCAGAGCUGUUUGUGGGUAAUCUCGAUCCUAUGGUUGCCGAGCAGGUUCUGUUUGAUACGUUCAGCCGAUUUGGCAAUCUUGUCAAUCCGCCUAAACUUAUUUCGUUACUAUCAUCGCAGAUUGCCCGCGAUGACAACAAUCUCUCUAAAGGAUAUGGAUUUGUUUCUUUUGCUGAUUUCGAAUCCUCGGAUGCAGCCAUCACGAACAUGAAUGGUCAAUACCUGAUGAACAAACAGGUUUCAGUACAGUAUGCAUACAAGAAGGAUGGGAAAGGCGAGAGACAUGGGGAUGAAGCGGAGCGAAUGUUGGCAGCCCAGGCUCGCAAGCAUAAUGUACAGCCCCCUACUCAGCAGCCUUCGCAGUUCCCUGGCGCUGGUCCGGGUAUAUCAGCAACACCUGUAAUGUUGAACGGCGACAGCUCUCGACCCUUGAGCACAGCCCCGUCACAAACACCUGAUCUAAGCAUGAAUAGGAGUGUGCCACCAGCUAUGUCCUACCAGAGCGCACCCCCUCCAAUGCCCUACCAAACCGUUCCCCUUCCAAACCGACACGUUCCACCCCCCGUCGCUUCACUCCAUACCCCACCUCCUGGGCUUCCGGCCCGGCCUCCGCCUUCUCAAGCUGGCUAUGGCGGCCCACAGUCCUUUUUACCACCUGGAUUCAAUGGUGCAGGCCAGCCACCCUUCGUCCCACAGGCUGCAGCUCCCCCUGGGUUUGGGCCGCCUGGAUUUGGCCUUCCAACUGGGGCCCCUUCAUUGCCACCAGGAUUCCAACAGCCCGGAUACGGGGGCAGUCGGUGA